AUACAAAUGUCUCUGUGCUGAAAAUGAAACAACCCCGAGCAGGAAACACAACAGGAAGAGGGGCAGUGAGUGUGUAAAACUGCUCUCUAAUCUUCCUGAGGCGCUUCAGUAAGCUUUGAAAGAUGGACUGCAAUGGAGGUGCAGAGAAGAAGACCUACAUGACCACCAUUACCUUGGAGUUGAAGCCAUCAGGAGAAUCUCCAACUCCACGAUAUGGGGUGAGGAGAAUGGAGAACGGGACAGCACUGAAAGGCAAAGAAAAGACAGAUGUGGACACAUGUAAAGCUGUCACACCCAAGAGAAGAGCUGGCAGUGGAACAGGCCCUGCGGUUGAGUUUGUGGACCCUGUGGAGAAGGUGCAGGUGCGUGUUGGAGAGACAGCGCGACUUUCCUGCUCCUUCAGCUGCUCGGGCCCUACAGCAUCCUGCUGGAUCCACAACAGGAAAAAGGUUGUGGUGGACAGAGAUCGCACUCGCAUAGAGAGCAGCACUAGUGGCAGUGUCUUGACCAUCUCUGAAGUCCUUCCUGUGGAUGUAGGAAGCUACACAAUCUUUGUUCAAACUCAACGAGGCAUCGCUCAACAUACAAUUGUUCUCAGCAUUAACGAUCGACCAGAACGCCCUGCAUCGUGUCCAUUCGUGUCCCAGCUGACUCCCAGUUCUUUAGUUCUGUCCUGGAGUGGACCGAGUUACGAUGGCGGUUCACAAAUCACAGAUUACGUGGUAGAGAUGCAAAGUUUCAGUCCAGGUGAAUCCAGGGACUGGAGCAUGCUCACUUCCCAGUGUAAAGACACGACGUACCGGGUCCGCUCAGGCCUUCACGCACAGGGCGAGUACCGCUUCCGUGUACGAGCCUGCAAUGCUGUGGGGGUCAGCGACCCCAGUGAAGAGUCAGACUACAUCAAGAUGGAUACAGCAGGGGAGCCACAGGAGGAGACUCUCCCUCAAGUCGACGUCAUUGUUGACACCACUCACAAGGUCAAAGAUUGCUACAACAUCCAUGAAAAAUUAGGAGUAGGGAAGUUCGGCCAGGUGUUCCGGCUGACCCAUAAGGAGACGGGUCGCGUGUGUGCCGGAAAGUUCUACCGUGCAUUCGGGUCCAAGGACAAAGACGCAGCUAGAGAGGAGAUCAAGCUGAUGAAGGAGCUGCACCAUCCGAAGCUGGUGCAGUGUCUGGGAGCGUUCGACACCCGCUCGGAGAUCGCCUUGAUCAUGGAGUACAUUGCCGGUGGUGAGCUGUUCGAGCGUAUCGUGGACGAUCAUUUCGAGCACACGGAGCCCAACAGCAUGCAGUACAUGCGGCAGAUCCUGGAGGGCGUCCUGUAUCUUCACCGCAAAAACAUCGUCCACCUCGACCUGAAACCUGAGAACAUAGUGUGCCUCAAUGCCACCGGGACGCUCAUAAAGAUCAUCGACUUCGGCCUGGCCAGAAAACUCGAACCCGGAAAGCCUCUUAAGGUGAUGCACGGCACACCCGAGUUUGUGGCUCCAGAGGUGGUCAGCUACGAGCCUGUGGGUCUGGCGACUGACAUGUGGAGCAUCGGGGUGAUCUGCUACAUCCUACUGAGUGGAGAGUCGCCGUUUCAGGGAAGCACCGACGUUGAGACUCUUGCGCUCGUCACCGCUGCAACCUGGGAGUUUGACCCCGAAUUUGAUGACAUCACCAAUGAGGCCAAGGACUUUAUCUGCAAGCUGCUGAAGAAGGAGCAAAGGGAGCGGAUGUCAUGCGAGCAGGCUUUGGCUCAUCCGUGGAUGGCCUCGUCCACUGGUCGAGUCACAAAAACCCUGAACAAAGACAAGAUGCGGCGUUUCCUGGCCAGGCAAAGAUGGCAGAGAACCGGUAAAGCCGUGCUGGCGCUGAAGAGGAUGGCGCACCUCUCUAACAGAUCGGACGGCUCAGAUUCUCCUUCCAGCCACAUGAAUGACACGAGGUUGGGGAAGGAGGCCGAAGAGGCUGUUAAGUCUCUGGAGCAGCAGCUGAGGAGCAAGCCGAAUUUCCCACAAACCCUUCACGACCUUACGGAGCCUUGCGGUGCUACUGUACACAUGGCCUGCAUCGUACAAGGUUAUCCUGACCCGGAAGUGUUGUGGCUGCUGGACGACGAGCCUCUGGAGGAGACUGAGCGCGUGCAGAUCGAGUACAAAGAGGACGGGCUCUGUACGCUCACCCUGACCCAGGUGCAACCGAGGGAUUCUGGGAUAUACGAGAUCCGAGCCUCUAACCACCUGGGCCAGGCGCUGUGUUCAGCAAGGCUCACUGUGGCCAACUAAAGGCGUGGGGCUUUAACGGGGAAAAGGUACCGUUGUGCAGAGAUUUGGAACACAAUCGCAAUUCGGAGUUGACUUCUUGUACGAGGAUCCAGUGCAGCCAAAAAGGAAAACUUGACAAGGAUAAAGGUGUCCAAGGUUUCACGAUGCACUUGACCACGAUGGCACUUUGACGCACAAUUCAUAGCCUUUCUCAAGAUGCUAGAGACAGAGUUCUUUUUUUUUCUUAAUUUUCUACCAUUAUUCUCACUUUAGGACACAUCUGCGUUUCAUAGCGUAUACUGUUAUUUAAUCUUCUGUUGAGUUAAAGGUUCACAAUAUACACUGACUGUUAUUAAACACUUGUACACCUGCUUAGGCUACCUACUGUAGCAUGUCCAUCUAAAGGUUUGACAUGCUUUUCUGCUCACCAUGGUUGGAAAGAGUGGUUACCGUUGCCUUCCUGUAAUCUCGAACGAGCAUCGUCAUUCUCCUCUGACCUCUCUCACCAACAAGGGGUUUCUGCUUGCACUGAACUGGAUGUUUUUGUUUUUCUCACCAUUCCGUUGUGUGUGUGAAAAUCCCAGGAGAUCAGCAACUUCUGAAUUACUUAAUGUUGCUGCAACAUGACUGGCUGACUGGAUAAUUACACAAAUGAGAAGGUGUUAAGGUAUUCCUGGUAAAGUGCUCAGUAAAUGUGUGUGCAUAAAUGAAGCUGUAAUUUUAUAUAAACUCUUGACAGUGUCAGAUUUUAAUUUAAUAAAGAAUUUAACUAACUUAA